AUGCUCCAGCCAGAGGCAAAUCAUGUCGUCGCGCUCCUUGAAGGGCGCGGUGUAUCGCGAGAGACAGGCAUCGCUGCCCUCAACAAAGACACUGGCCAAGUAACGCUCGUACAGGUUGCCGACUGCCCAACCUACGUAAAGACGUUGCACCAGAUGCAUCUGCACUUUCCUUCCGUUGUCCUUGUCCCUGAUACCUUUCUCUCUGCUUCUGACGCCGCGUUCUCGACUUCCGGGAAACGACCAGGAUCGACUUCGCUUUUGGUCGAAUACGUCCAGGAUGAGUUUCCCAACGCGCAGCUUGAGCCUGUUGGUAGACGAUACUGGAAUGACAACGGCGGCCUUGAAUUCAUCCUCCAACUUUGCGUGGAUGACGACGAACGAGCUGGGACAAUUCUCGCCGUUCAAAAUAAAUACUAUGCUCUUUCAGCUGCAUGCGCGCUGUUCAAGUACUAUGAAGCAAAGAUGAACACCCGCUUUGCAGCAGGAUCUCUUCGGAUCCGUUACGUCCCAGUAGAAGGGACCAUGAUGAUUGACAGGGAUACUGCGCGGAAUCUUGAGUUGAUUGGGAACAUGACGUUUAAGAAGUCUCCGCAUUCGCUAUUUGGGGUCUUGAACCAUACGUAUACCGCAAUGGCUUCCCGCCUUCUGCGAGUCAAUAUCCUCUCGCCCAUCACAGUCCAACCCUCAAUUCAUGCCCGACUAGACUCAGUCGAAGAGCUAAUCAACUCGGAAGAUCGAUUCAACUACGUGCGCGAUGCUCUCAAGGCACUCAACAAAAUGGACCUGGACAAGCUCAUCAUUUCACUCGCAUCGUCCGAGGCGCGAGAAACGUCAAGCGCCAAAAUGGCCUCCCAGCGCGUCUCCCAGAUGCUUAACCUUCGGAACAUUGUGGCCCAGAUCCCGCUCUUGCGGACUGCGCUUCAAGGAUGUCGAUCGCAGCUUCUGCGAAUUAUAUGUGAUAUGAUCGCGGAUGAACGCUUGGAGAUCAUCCAGCAGCUGGUAAAUGCCAAUCUUAAUGAGGAGACAACGCCCGCCAAGGGAGGAAUUGGAGCGGUCAACGCUCGAGUCUACGCCGUAAAAGCAAAUCAAAACCGCCUCCUCGACGUCGCUCGUGAAACUUAUAAAGAAAAUAUUGGCGACAUCUACCAGCUCAAUCGGUCCCUCUCGCAAACCCAUGACCUCCCCCUGACGCUUGUUUACCAAGAUGCGACGGGUUUCGUGUUUUCACUCAAGAAGGAUCAACUUGAGGGCGAGCUUCCGGAGGGGUUUUUAAAUGUGACCAGUAAGAAGGGGAAGUAUAUGUUUUCGUGCAUGGAGUUGAAAAAGAUGAAUGCGAGAUUGAAGGACGCAUUGGAUGAGACACUGUUGCUGAGUGAUAAAAUCAUCCAAGACUUGGCAGCGCAGAUUGUGCACCAUGUUGGUGCACUUUAUAAGGCUUCUGAAGCAAUCGCUCUGGUGGAUAUGCUCUGGUCCUUCGCACAUACCUCAAUCAUCAAAAACUAUAUUCGUCCCGAAUUUACAGGCACGCUGGCAAUUAAAUCUGGCCGGCAUCCCAUCCUCGAAACUGUCCAGGCGGCUGGGACGGUUGUAGCGAACGAUUUCUACUGCGAUGCGUCGUCGUCGUUCCAGAUUAUCCAGGGUCCUAAUAUGUCUGGCAAGAGCACCUACCUUCGCCAGAUCGGUCUCCUCACAGUGAUGGCUAUGUGUGGGUGCUUCGUCCCAGCAGAGUACGCCAGCUUCAAGAUCCACGACGCUCUCCUCACCCGCUUGUCGAACGAUGACGACCCUGAAAAGAGCCUGAGUACUUUUGCGAAUGAAAUGAGUUGCUCUGCGAUGAUUCUUGGCCUGGCUACACCGAAUUCGCUCGUUCUUAUUGACGAGCUAGGUCGAGGCACUUCUCCAAAAGAAGGUGUUGGAAUCUCGCAUGCGAUUGCCGAGGCGCUGAUUGAGGCCAAGCCUUACGUUUUCUUUGCAACCCACUUCCCCGAACUCGCAACGACGCUGUCGCGCCGGCCUUCAGUUGUCAACCUUCACCUUUCGGUUCAGCGUACACGGCAAACAACGUCCAACUUUGGGAUGGCCUUCCGGUACAAGAUCCUCGACGGCGUAUCAGAUCAGAACACGCAUUACGGCCUUGAACUUGCCAGAUUGGCAGACCUCCCACCAGAUGUCUUAACCGAAGCCAAGCGCGUUGCUGAACAGCUGUCCAUCCUCAAAACGAGACAUGAGGAGGAGAGCGAGAGCUCCAAGAUUGCAAUGAGGCGGAAGGUGUUGCUGAAGCUUCGCACCCAACUCAAACAAGCGCAUGAUCAUUCAUCCCUGCCAGAUGAAGACCUGCUAAAUUAUCUUAAACGGUUCCAUACGGAGAUUGCAAAGGCUUUUAUCGACUUGUAA